UCGGGCUGCCUGCAUGCCGGAGUUAAAAAGUGCUGCUGGCCGAGCGGGAGCCCUAGUGCGAGGCGGGGAGGUUGAGCGGCGGGAGAAGGGCCCGGGGAGCUGCGCUGCCUCCGACCCGGGCGAGGCUCGGCCGCCUCGUCCCUGCGUGCCGAGAUCCUUUGAGACUGCAAAGACUAUCUAAAGAAGGAAGACGGCAUGAGAUUGGAUUCAGUGCAGUAAAGUAGGUUAAUUUGGGGACAAGACAAAAAAUCAUUAUUUAGACCUUCUUGUGUUGCCGUGAUGAGAACUUACCAUUGCUUCUGGCUGCUGUUUUGGGCUGGCCAGCCCCACCAAAGUUUCUUAACUCCAUUAUCCACAAGGACUAGUGGCUUUCCAGAAAAGGAAAAGGUUUUGGUGUUGUCUGGAAACAACAGGCAAGACCUCCAUCGUUCCAAAAGGAGCUGGAUGUGGAAUCAGUUCUUUUUAUUGGAGGAAUACACAGGAACUGACUACCAGUAUGUUGGCAAGCUGCAUUCAGACCAGGAUAAAGGAGAUGGAUCACUUAAAUACAUCCUUUCUGGAGAUGGAGCAGGAGACCUCUUCAUUAUCAAUGAGAACACUGGUGACAUCCAGGCCACAAAGAGACUAGACAGGGAAGAAAAGCCUGUGUACAUACUCCGUGCCCAGGCUAUAAACAGAAGGACUGGAAGACCAGUGGAACCAGAAUCUGAGUUCAUCAUAAAGAUCCAUGACAUCAAUGACAAUGAGCCAAUGUUUACAAAGGAUGUUUACAAUGCCAGCAUUCCCGAAAUGUCAGAUGUUGGUACCUUUGUUGUGCAAGUCACUGCAACUGAUGCCGAUGAUCCCACAUAUGGGAACAGUGCUAAAGUCGUCUACAGCAUUCUCCAGGGACAACCAUAUUUCUCUGUCGAAUCUGAGACAGGCAUUAUUAAAACUGCUUUGCUGAACAUGGACCGUGAAAACAGGGAGCAAUACCAAGUGGUCAUCCAGGCUAAAGACAUGGGAGGCCAGAUGGGCGGGUUGUCAGGAACCACCACCGUGAACAUCACGCUGACUGACGUCAAUGACAACCCGCCUCGCUUCCCCCAGAGCACAUACCAGUUCAGGGCUCCGGAGUCCACGCCGCUGGACGCGCCGGUUGGCAGGAUAAAAGCUAAUGAUGCUGACGUGGAUGAAAACGCAGAGAUUGAAUACAGCAUCACUGAGGGGGAUGGAUACGACAUGUUUGGGAUUACCACUGACAAGGAGACUCAGGAAGGAAUUAUCACCGUGAAAAAGGCCUUGGAUUUUGAAAGUAAAAACUUGUAUAUUCUCAAAGUGGAAGCUACCAAUACUCAUGUGGACCCUCGAUUCCUGUACUUGGGGCCAUUCAAGGACUCAGCUACAGUCAGAAUUCAGGUGGAGGAUGUAGAUGAACCCCCCAUGUUCAGCAGACCAGCAUACAUCAUGGAAGUGAAAGAAGAUGUUCCAUUAAACAGUGUAAUAGGAACAGUAACUGCUCAGGAUCCAGAUGCUGCCAGGAACCCUGUCAAGUACUCUGUGGAUCGUCAUACUGAUAUGGACAGAGUAUUCAACAUCAAUUCAGGAAAUGGUUCGAUAUUCACUUCCAAACCCCUUGACCGGGAAGCGCUGCUGUGGCACAACAUUACAGUAAUAGCAGCAGAGAUCAACAACCCAAAACAGAGCAGCCGUGUCCCAGUGUUCAUUAAAGUUUUGGAUGUGAAUGACAACGCUCCGGAGUUUGCCAUGUUUUACGAGACCUUCGUCUGUGAAAACGCAAAGGCAGAACAGCUGAUACAAACAUUAAGUGCUGUUGAUAAAGAUGACUCUUACAAUGGACAUCAGUUUUCAUUCUCCUUAGCUCCUGAGGCAGCCAGCAGCUCAAACUUUACACUACAGGACAACAGAGACAACACAGCAGGGAUUUUCACUCGAAAAACCAGAUAUAACCGGCACGAAACUAGUACCUACUUCUUGCCAGUGGUAAUAUCAGACAAUGAUUAUCCCAUCCAGAGCAGCACUGAAACUGUGACUAUUCGAGUGUGUGCUUGUGACCAUCGAGGAAAGAUGCUGUCCUGUAAUGCAGAAGCCUUGAUUCAUCCUACUGGUCUCAGCACUGGGGCUCUUAUUGCCAUUCUUCUCUGCAUCAUUAUAUUACUUGUUACCGUGGUGCUGUUUGCGGCGCUGAGGCGGCAGCGGAAAAAAGAGCCUUUGAUAAUUUCCAAAGAGGACAUCAGAGACAACAUUGUCAGCUACAACGAUGAGGGUGGUGGAGAGGAGGACACCCAGGCGUUUGACAUUGGCACGCUGAGGAAUCCCGAAGCCAUAGACGACAACAAACUACGCAGAGACAUUGUGCCGGAGACGCUUUUCGUGCCGCGGAGGACUGCAAGCGCGCGGGACAACACGGAUGUCAGAGAUUUCAUUAACCAAAGGUUAAAGGAAAACGACACGGACCCCACGGCACCCCCGUACGACUCGUUGGCGACCUACGCCUACGAAGGUAAUGGCUCUGUGGCCGAGUCCCUCAGCUCCCUGGAGUCGGCCACCACGGACGGAGACCAGGACUACGAUUACCUCAGUGACUGGGGACCGCGCUUUAAAAAGCUGGCAGAUAUGUAUGGCCCAAUGGACAGCGACAAAGACUCCUAAUGUGUUGUCCUUUUUUUCUCUCUCUCUCUUUUUUCUCUUCCUCAUUCCCAGAAGGAGCAUUGGGAUAUGUGAAGUGGCUGUUUCUUUCUGUUUCUCCACAGCUGAAAGGGUUCUCUUGAAAAAGUUCUCUGUUCUACCCAUUUGAAUUGUCUAAUGACUGCAGUCUGUGUGGGUUAGCCAUCAGAAAACUUUCUCUGGUAUCAUUUUAUGAGCUUCCAAGAGGCAAAAUCCUUAUUUUUUGAGUGCAUCCAGUUUACCAAUCUUACAGGCACAGCAGUAGUGGAGGGCAAAAAAAGGAUCAGAUGGGGAGCAAUAUUUUUAGUUGUUCUGCUUAUAUUGUAAAUUGGAUUAUAUUACUAUUUAAGCUCACUUGCUUUUUACUUGUAUUCAGACUAUUCAGCUCAGACAACUGCUCUGUCGAUUGUGUAUUGCACAUUCCAAUGUAAUGAGGUAUCCUAGUUUACCCUAUGUAUUAUAGUCAAAAGUAGUGGUGAUGGAAUGAAGGUUUAUUAUACAAGUAGAGUAAGCUGAGAAAAGAACAUCAAACAUGCAUUUUACUCAUGAGGAGGGUAGAGAGGCUUAAUGGUCAUUUAAACCUGAGCGUUUCUCUAGAACUCACCAUUGCCCCAUUGCACUGAAUCAUACUAACACACACAUAUAUAUAGCUCAUUGACUGCUCUGUAUAUAUUCUUUGGACCUAGCAUUGCUGGAGAGAUGUGUGUGUGUGCACGUGUGUGUGGUCAGUAGCCCCAAUAUCUAAUUCUUAGAUGGUUUCCCCGUUCUAACCCAGGCUCGCUUUGCGAUACAGGGAAAGGCAUCAAAUCCAGCUCCAGAUUGGGUCAUGACUUGGAGGAAGGAGCAGAUCAUAACUGGGCUUUUGUUUGCACUUCCUCAGUCAGCCUCCACCUGCACAUCAGUCCAGUGAUGGCCGCUCUCCUGGGCUCGUUGGAUGUUCACGUCCAGCUGCUCCUGCCUGUUCUCAUGUGCAGGUGGGGAGGAGUGACCUCAAGGUGACUGCCAUCCUCUGGGGCAAAAGGAGCGACUGCAGAGGAGGAAAGUGCUUUUUUUGUCUUGACCUUCUCUGCCUGCAUGUCCAGGGUGGAUUCCUGACUGACUCUCUGUCCAGUUUUGCUAUCUGUAAAAUGGGGAAAUAAUGCCUACCUCAUCAGGAUGUUGCAAGAACUAUGGAAGACAUUUGGAAAAUACUUUAGAAAUGGAAAACGCUGGCAUUCUGCCAGAGGGAGUACCUUUUCAUGCUUUUGGGUAGUUGUUUCCUUUCUUUUUCUUCCCGACUCAAGCCCUAAAUGAACAAGUAAGUGAAAAUUAAUGGUCAUUCCAGUGGCCUGAAAAGGGGGGUUUAUAAUUAUAACUCAUUUUUUUAAAAUAAACUACUCAGCUAGGGUUGUUAAAGACAUCACCAAAAGGUAAAUUUUUAACCACAAGUUUCUCUGUGUGUGUUUAUCUGCUUUGCCAAGCUAAGUAAUUUUUGUCCAGGUGUGGGGUGAGGGAAGUUGCCAUAAUCUUGGGCCAAAACACUUUUCUUUAUAGCUUGCACACCACUCAGAACUUCAGUUGGUUUUUCAAAGAUGUAGUGGCUGCUCUUCAAAUCCAGCCAUCUAGGAGAGGCUCUCUGGAGAAAACCCUAAGGGGCUGCCAUGGGGCAUAUCUAAUUCCAGGAGUUAAAUGUUGCCCUGUGUCCCAAAGUAGGGAACCAGCCCAUGGCACUGUGCCAAGGAAAGAAUGAAUUACUAUUUUUAAAAUACCUCAGGUGUAACUAUUCUCAUUUAUUCCAUGAAACAGAAUUACAGGAUUGGAUCCAUUUUCCUCCUCCGCUGAAUUUUAAGUGAAUCAUUUUGAAAAUUAAACAGCUCCAAUUUACUCCAGAAAUAAAGUGAGAUGAGAAAAAAUAAUAAACAGAAAGCUAAAAGCAAUUAAAAAUUAAUCUGUGGAAUUCAUUAGUUAAAGAGAGAAGUAAGAGUCUCAAGGAUUAUACUUUUAGAAUGAAAGAAUUUUAGGUUUUGUGGCCAGAAGGGAGAGUCAGCCAUGCUGCAGCCCUGGCUGAGCACUGCACACCUGUAGGUGUAGGGCAGAUGCCCAGUGCUAUAGACUGGAUGCUUUUACAGCAGAGGAGCCCAGAGUUUCCAGGGAUCCAGAGCCCUCAGCCUCCCUGGUGGAGGGGUCUCAGAGUGUUUAAGUCCAACAGAGUGUGGUUCCAAACUUCAUCACUUAGUGGGGGCUGAGCUGUUGCACCCAUGAUAAUGGCAAUGGCACAGCCAGAGCCUUAUUAUGUCCUCUUCAGGGCCCCUAAAUAAUUUAAGAUGCUAAAAGCCUGGCUCUUCCUUCUAUGGCUUCCUUGAAAGUGGAACUUCAAGGAAGCAAUCUGUCCAAAAGCUGGCUCUGGCAGACAGGAGAGACCAUCUGGAUUUUGGAUAUUGGAGGAGCAGCAGAUGCUCAGCACCACCUGCUGCAGGUGCCUCCCUUGGGGCUGCUGCCCUCACACAGUCACUGGGGCCAACAUAUCCCUCCAGGGGCUCUCCCCAGCAGCUUCCUGACACAUCCCUCUCUCACCCCUCACUCUGGGGGUGCCUCCAGCAAAUACCCCAAGCUCAGAAUGCAGCUGGAUGCCCAAAGUGAGCCAGUGAGCUGUCCCUUCCCUUCCUUAAGCCUCAAGGAAGCAAGGUGUGGGGAGGGGAUCCAGAUGUGGCUGUGAAGCCACACAGGUGUUCAGCCCUGCAAGCCACCUCCAGCUCACUGGGAGGAGGGAGUGGAUGGUGCUUGGCUGAAGAAAACCCCCAUGUCCUGAAGGGGCUGGGGCACCUGCAAGUCAGCCUGCAUUAGUCACUUCUUGGGUGGGAUAGCGAGACAGGAGGAUCAGUGAACUCCUUGUAACUAUUUUCCUAUGUUUGUACAGUGAUUUUGUCUGAUUUAGUGAUUGUUAGUAGCAGUCCAAGCGCAACUUUUGAGUUGGUUUGGGGUUUUAUUCCUUUUAAUUCAGAGCUGGUUUUAUCUUGUCCAUUGAGUGACACAGUAAAUAAUAGAGAGUUGCUACUCGUGCCUGUUAUGUAAAUAUAUUAUAUAUAUAAAAUUAUGUUAUGUCACCACAAAUAUGGUGCCUGAAUAGCAAAUGCAUUCUUAUAAGAAAAUUUGAGGCAAACUUGCAUCCAAAUUAUUAUUUAUGCAUCUAGGUUUUAAGGUCUAUUUCUUUCCUGCAAAUGAAACAGAUUUAGCAUCUCUCACACAGCAAGGAGAGUUCAAUUCUUUCUUUUCUUCUUGCUUGGCAGUACCACAAAGUGCAAUUUAUAAAAUCAGUACUGCAUUCUAAAUAUUGAAAGUGCCAUAUUGCAGUGAAUACAAACCUUUGCAGUAGUAUUUCUUUGCACUUUGUUGCAUGGUGGUGUGCUAGAUGAUAGAAAUGAGUAUUUAACAAAGCUUUCACACAGUGCUACAAUUGUCAUUUGUAGAUAACCAGUUGUUGGACUAUGAGCUAUGAAGUGGUUUUCAAGGCUGUUUUAAGCCUGCUCUUCUUACAGCCACACCUAUUUUAGAAGAAGAAAUAUUAUUAGGCAGUUUAGCUAAGCCAGGUAGAGAGAUAAAAAUGCAGUUGGCUUUUAAUUUGGAAAAGCAUCUGACCUAACAACAGGAACCUAUUAAAAGAUGCCAAGGAAUUCAGUGGAGUCAACAGGAAGCAGGGAACUGGGAGUCUAUUCCAGCCAUGUUACUACAGAAAAUAACUUCUCUACACUUGAAUGGGAAUAAGGUUUCUGCAGUAACUAUUUCAUCUCAACUCCCAAGAGAGUCACUUUACCCCAGAAAACUGGUGGGAAGUUGUUUUUGUUUUGUGUUUGCUGUUUGUUUGUUUUCUUUUUUACCCCAGGAGAAUUACUUCAGGUUAAACCCAGUUCUACCCCAUAGCAGCACCAGUGUGGGGAGGCAGGGCAGCCCAUGUCCCCAGUGCAGCUGUGCCAGGACAUCUCUGUGCAGACAAGGGCUUGGAAAAGAGCUGAGGCAAAGAUUUGCUGAGAGCUCUGCACAAGGCUCUGCCAGCAGUAUCACAGGACUGAGAUGUGUUCCCAAGCCUGACAUAGAUGGAGUUGUGUCUAAUAAUGAGAAAACCAAAUUGUCUGUAUUUUUCAGUUAUUUCUGUUUAAAAUGUGCUGGAAAAGGUAGGUAGUAGAAAAACAUGUCACCUGUACCAACAGAAAUAUUUUCUAAAUUUUUUUCUAAGAAACAGAUAUAUUUUUCUGGUCUUACUUCAUUCCAUGGACAGGUGUUUCUUCUCUGUUAAAUGUGAAUGGAAGAGGCAACCUUCAAAUAAUCCACUUUAGGAAGUAGCAGUCUAGAUUACAAGUUACAACUUUUCCAUUUCUCUGUUAUGAAAACAAAAAAAAAUUAUCCCACAAAACCAAGAAAAUUAACAUCUGCAGUACCAUACAAAACCAGAACAGUCAUAGAGAAGUAUAGCAGAGAGAAAUGGCUUUAGAAAUGUAUAUCUACACAUGGACAGUUUCAAAACCAGAAUUAUCCAUGUUAAGCAGAUCCAGCAGGGGACUUCUAAAGCUUUCAGAUUUACUGACACACCAGAGGGAGAUCUGCAUGGGUAGGGAGAAAGACAUCUUUUUUAGACUAGGCAAUUUAAAUUCAGGCCAUUUCCAUGUAGAUCUCUUGGAAAGGCACAUGUUAAAUUUCUGCAGCAGAACUAUCUUGGUGGUUUUCUGCAGGGGGAAUCCCUGACAGUGGUUCUGUCAGAGCAGGUAACUCUGCAACCACCCCUGUGUUAGCUCUACCUGCCACCACCUGUUAGAGAGGUCUCUCCACGUUUCCUUUGGCUGUGAGUAGUAUUUGAAGUGUUUCAGAAGCCACUGUCCCAAAUGGAUGCUGCCAUCCCCUGCCCAUUUUCAUUUCAAUUAACCCUGCAGUCUGAGCUUCCUCAUCGAAUGAGAACUGACAAAGCAAAAGUCAUUAUGCUACUUUCAGUGAGUAUGAAUUAUGUCAUGAACUGUGAAAGGCAGGAUUUUUCCAAUCCAUCUACACCUGUGAAACAGCAGCCUCAUCCAAUAAAUGUCAAAGCCACAGUAUCUUUUGCUUUCAGUUCAGUCUUUAGCAAGAGUUCUUUUCUCAGAGAUUGAUUCUGUACUUAAAGAGGAACAAAAGCAUAUUUAAUGUCUACAGACUCAUGUGUUGCUCCAGAAGGAGAAAAACACAGAACUCUAACACAAUGCUUUAAUACCAGUCUCUGCCCUCAGCAGUUUUACUUAAGCCAGCAGAAACAAUCUUCAUCCUGCCCAUCAUUUUGCAAUAUUACACUUUUGAGCCCAGACUUGUGUUUGUCAUACACUAAAACAGUUUCCUGCACAGUUCAUAAAAUUCGGUGGUAGGUAUCCAAAAGCUAGGGUUAAAAGAAGUACAAGUGCCCCAGAACUGAGCAUUUCAGGAAGAAGAACAGGAGGUGAAUUGUGUUGGGGGUGAGGGUAGGUCAUAUGCAAGGCAGACCCAUGGCAGUUAAAAGCCACAAAGCUACCAUCCUGUGUGUAGAGUUACUGGAUUUCAAAGGAGUUUUUACAAAACCUGCCCCUAUCCUUUUUUCUUCAUGUAUCUUUGCUUUCUUUAAAAAUAAAUUAAAAAAAAAAUAAAAAUAAAAAGGAGCUGCUAUAUUUAAAUUUCUCCUACCAUGAUGUCGAUUUGACAAAUAAGGCAUAAAUCCAGCAAUUCUUUCCAUUCCCAUGAGCUUUUGACUUUUCCUAUGAGACUGCACUAUUUAUGUAAAUAUACUUGGAGACACUUUCUAUAAGCUUUUAGUUUUCUAUGAUCUAUUACUUUACUGUUUAUUAAAGCUACAAACUUAUAGAACUAUUAAGCAUUCAGGUGAACACAACAAAGAAGGAACACUGCAAAAUUGUUCUGGAUUUUGACACAAAAGACUCUUCAGAAUCACUGUACUGUUUUAAUUCUGUGAUUACUUUCAUUGCUUUGAAAAAAUUAAACUUAAAAAAAGGCCUUAUAAUAAAUGCUAUGUGCAUCUUGACUGUGUUACAGAGCAAAAUCAAUCUGGCUAACUCCUAUUGUGAUUUGUGAUUUUUUAAACCCUUUAAAAUAAAUGCUUUUUGGUAUUGAUUUUUUUUUUUUUAAUUAAAAGUACUUCCAAACAUAAAUUGAAAAUGAUGCCUCCACGUGAGAAGAUUUGCUUGCUGGCAUGCUCCAGCCUCACAGUCUCUCAUGCUGCCAUCCUCUGGUUGUGCCAAGGGGGCCUCAGCAAUGGAUGGAUCUGGUCAUUGCUCAGCAGGGAGGGACAUUUGUGGGUGACAGUUUUGUCACCCAAGAGGUUUUCACCUAGAACUUCCCUGUGUUGCAAAGGGACCCAUGCUGGAAUGAUUAUCUUUUCCUCAGCGUGGAUGGGCAAUUUGUUUUUUUCAGAUGGAAAGUGUGCACUCUCUCCCUUAUAUUUCCUGUUCACUGUACUGGCUUCUGUUUUUGGGGUUGGGGGGCAGGGGGAAAUGAAAUUUAAGGAUUUGAUGAGAAACCAAUUUGAACAAAAAUUUCUCACAGACAGAGUGAAUUUGCCUUUUUGCA